CACUGCAACAACUGUCGUAUCAGCUGAGGAAGCACAAGUUGCACAACCCAAACGGGUUUAUUUCGCUUAAUUAAUGAAUUAUGAACAAGUAUGUUUUACCUGUUUCGGUCUUCGGAACUGCUAUUGGGUGUGCUGUCAUAAUAAAUACAUGACUCCCCCUAAGUCCUCGGGUUUGAUCCCUUGCAAAGGAACCAUGUGACAGGGGGCCGCUGUCAUAGCAAAGCUAAGUUAAACGGGAAGACGGUGGUGAUAACUGGAGCCAACACAGGCAUUGGCAAAGAGACGGCGCGGGAAUUGGCCAAGAGAGGGGGGCGUGUCAUUAUGGGAUGCCGAGACAUGGAAAAGUGUGAGGCGGCUGCCAGAGAAAUCCGCGGCAACACCCUGAAUCCUCAUGUCUAUGCAUGUAAGCUGGACUUGGCCUCUAUGGCAUCCAUACGGGAGUUUGCAGUGAGGAUCAAAGAAAAGGAGCAGCGUGUGGACGUAUUAAUAAACAAUGCAGGGGUCAUGAGAUGUCCCCCCUGGAAAACAGAGGAUGGAUUUGAGAUGCAGUUUGGAGUUAAUCAUUUAGGCCACUUCUUAUUGACAAAUCUUUUGCUGGAUAAGUUAAAAGAGUCCGCCCCCAGCAGAGUGAUCAACCUUGCCUCGCUCGCCCACAUCGUUGGAAAGAUGGACUUUGACGACCUUAACUGGGAGAGGAAGAAGUAUGACACCAAGCAAGCGUACUGUCAGAGCAAGCUUGCCAAUGUUCUCUUUACAAGAGAGCUGGCCAAGCGCUUACAAGGAACAGGAAUCACAGUGAAUGCAGUACACCCUGGUAUUGUUGCCACAGAGCUUGGCAGGCACACUGGUCUGCACCGAUCUUGGCUCUCCAGCACUGCUCUCGGUCCUUUUUUCUCCCUGUUGGUAAAGAACCCAGAGCUUGGGUCCCAGCCCAGCAUCUACAUGGCGGUGGCCGAGGAGAUGGAAGGGGUGACGGGACGCUACUAUGACGUGUUGUCAGAAAAGGAGCCGGCACCCCAGGCUAUGGAUGAGGAGGCAGCUCGCAGGCUGUGGGAGAUCAGCAGCAGGCUAGUGGGCCUGGAGGAGAAAGAACUGUCUAGCAUGCCAGCACAAAGUCAGCUCAGUGCUGAGAAGACACAUGGACACAGCAUGGGACCAGUUGUUGGAGCUGCUGGCUUGUAGCAGAUCAAAUAAUAUCCAAGGUUUUGAUUGGCUUUCUUAUUCAGAGAGUUUUGCUUUAAAUGUGUUGUGCAACAAAAGAUUGUGCUCUAUUUUUAAUGUUAUGUGCAUAAGGGCAUACAGCGGGGAAAUUAAAUUAUCCACACUGUUUGCAAAAUAUCCGUAGGGUAGAGUGAUUUCUAUCCAAAAAGCUCCACAUGGGAUUUUGAUGUGUUCAAGGAUGGAAAUGUAUGUGGAGCUGUGUGCAAAAUGUAGAGCAACAGCGCCCUCUGGCUGCUAGGUUUUUGCCACAAACCCAUUAAAAAACAUAUCUUUUAAUACAACCCUGGCAAAAAAUAUAGAAUCACUAAUUCUUGGAGGAUUAAUUUUAUAGGAAAAAAGCAAAUAACAGACAUGACACAAAACUAUAGUCAUUUCAAAUGGCAACCCUCUUGCUUUGAAAACACAAAAAUACAUUAAGAAAAUAAUUUGUGGUAGUCAGCAAGCUUUAUUUUUUUAUCAAGAGUAAAAAAAAACAUGCAAUCACUAAAUUCUGACGAAGAAAUAAUGGAAUCACCAUGUAAUUUUUCAGUUAGUCUGCAGUUAAAAAGGAGUGUUCAAACCUUGGGAGAGCUGUUGCACCAGGUAGAAUGACAUGAAUCACGGCUCCAACACAAGAGAUGUCAAUUGAAACAGGAGAGGAAUAUCAAACUUCUUUGAGAAGGUAAAUCAUCAGUCAAUGUUGCAAAAGCUGUUGUUCAGUCAGCUAUGUCUAAAAUCUGGAACAAGUGCAAACAACAUGGGAAGGUUGUAAAAGGUGAGCAUAAUGGGAGAGAAAACUUAAAUAUGUUUUGAAAACAGAAAAUGCACAGCAAAACAAAUUGACGGAAACUGGAGUCACUGUCUGUGACCGAACUAUAAGAAACCGUCCAUCCAUCCAUCCAUUUUCUACCACUUGUCCCUCUCUGGGUCGUGGGGGUGCUGGAGCCUAUCCCAGCUGCCCUAAGGUGGAAGGCGGGGUACACCCUGGACAAGUCGCCACUUCAUCGCAGAGCCAACACAGAUAGACAACAUUCACACUCACACCUAAAGGAAAUAGGAUUUAAAUACAGAAAAGCUCAAUGAAAGUGAUCAUUAACAUCCACAAAUUUAAAAAAAAACAUUUAUUUUACCUUGUUGUGAACACGACUGCUGAUGAAUUUAUAUUGUUACUUUUAUGAAUCUAUUUGAUCAUUUUCACCAAGCUGCUAGUAUAAGUUUGACUUUAAGCUCAUUUGUAUGUCUCCUAGAGCAGUGUUUUUCAACCUUUUUUGAGCCAAGGCACAUUUUUUCUGUUGAAAAAAUCCAGAGGCACACCAGCAGAAAUCAUUAAAAAACAAAACUCAGUUGACAGUAAAAAGUUGUUGUGACAAUUGUUGGAUAUGAAUAUAAACCACAACCAACCAUGCAUCAAUAUAGCUUUUGUCUCAAAGUAGGUCUACUGUCAUGACUUGUCACAUCACACUGUGACUUAUUUUGAGUUUUUUUUGGUGUUUUCCUGUGUGUAGUGUUUUAGUUCUUGUCUUGCGCUCCUAUUUUGGUGUUUUUUUCUCUUUUUUUGGUAUUUUCCUGUAGCAGUUUCAUGUCUUCCUUUGAGUGAUAUUUCCCACAUCUACUUUGUUUUAGCAAUCAAGAAUAUUUCAGUUGUUUUUUAUCAUUCUUUGUGGGGACAUUGUUGAUCGUCAUGUCAUGUUCGGAUGCACAUUGUGGACGCCGUCUUUGCUCCACAGUAAGUCUUUGCUGUCGUCCAGCAUUCUGUUUUUGUUUACUUAGUAGCCAGUUCAGUUUUAGUUUCGUUCUGCAUAGCAUUCCCUAAGCUUCAAUGCCUUUUCUUAGGGGCACUCACCUUUUGUUUAUUUUUGGUUUAAGCAUUAGACACCUUUUUACCUGCACGCUGCCUCCCGCUGUUUCCGACGUCUACAAAGCAAUUAGCUACCUAUUGAUAUGAAGAGUAUAACAUAGUUACUCUGCCGAGCUCUAGACAGCACCGACACUCAACAACAACACAUAAUUUGCAGACUAUAAUUACUGGUUUGCAAAAAAUAUUUUUAACCCAAAUAGGUGAAAUUAGAUAACCUCACACGGCACACCAGACUGUAUCUCACGGCACACUAGUUGAAAAACACUAUCCUAGAGCAGUGAUUGUGGCAAAAGUAUUGUGAACUCUGAACUGUGGUACACAUGGGCUCCAUCUAGUGGUACUCCAAAGAAUCAAUUAAAUAUUGUAUGUGCAACUAAUUGCAUGUAAUUAAUUUUGUUUUAUUUUCGUAUAUUUAAGCACUAAUGUUACUGUGGCCAAAUAUAUUAAAUAUAAUUGUUAGGUGGAACCUCUACUUUGUUUUUAAUGAAUACUUAGACUCACUACCCUACUGUAUUGUAUUGUUGGUCAUUAUGGUGGUACUUGGAUAGCCAAUUGUUUUCUGAGGUGGUAAUUGGUGAACAAAGUUUGAUAACCACAACUGUCCUAGAGGUUAAAAACAAUAAACUCAAAUAUAAUAUGAUGAAAACUGAGCAACUGGAUGAACAUUCUCCAUGAGUGGUGAUUUCUUAAUUUUUGCCAAGGGUAGUUCCCAUUCGAACC